CACGUCAGUGGAAACGAACCAGGAAGUGGCUAGUAAAGCUAGCGACAGAUAAUGAGCAGCUGAGACCGUGGUAUUUUUUGACAGCUUCAGCAGGGCAGGAUGGGCAGGCAGAGGAAGAGGGUGGUGACUGGUGAAGCUGCUCCCCUUCCGAGGAAAGACGAGAAGCCCCCUGCAUUUCACCGCAAGGAGAAGAAAAAGAAAGUUGACAUCGGCAAAGUCUUCAUCAACAUCUCCAUUGGCCUUUGCAUAUUCAGCCUGAUCUGGUUCUUUUAUGCCCUCUACAUGCGGUCCAGCCUGGCUAAACGGGUGGUGACCUUGCAUGCGUCACCUCCUGUCCUGGAUGCCAACAGCAGCAGUGCCAAGGUUUCCGCUGAGAGGUUCUGGGGCUCAUACAGGCCUCAGGUCUACUUUGGCAUGAAAACCAGGAGUCCCAGGUCGAUUGUGACAGGCAUGAUGUGGAUGCGUCAGUUUUCCGACAUAGAUGUCAACCUGAGGCACACUUGCGAGCAAGGGGAUCGUUUGCAAAGCUAUGGCUGGAUAAUGCAUGAUGGGAUCACCUUUGGCGUGCAGGAAAUCCGAGACAAUGAUUUCACAUUAACCACGGAGUUUGUCAAGAGGAUGGGAGGGGAUCAUGGAGGAGACUGGACCUGGAGGAUCACUGCUAAACAGCAUAGCUCCGCCCCUCAAGCGCCAGUCAUCUCCCUGAUGUUUUACGCUGCAGCAGACACCCAGGGCUCACUGGAGGCUCAUGUUGAAGAUAGAAACCGCCUCGCCUCCAUCACCGGAUUCUCAGAGGAGCUUGGAAACUUUAAGAUCACCUUCAGGAAGCCAGUUACUGGGGAACUGUCCAGUGCUAAAUAUGCAAGCUACAACUAUCUACAGACCAUCUCUCCUGGCUUGGAGAAGCUGACUGACAUUGUGAAGCAAAGUCUGAACCGCAGGUUUGUCUACAGCUCACCUUCAGGUGAGAAGAGGCAUUACAUCGCUGUUGACACCUACAAGCCACCCCACCACCAAAAUCAACAGAAACCCGCCGACACACGCAAAGAGAGCGACUUUGUGGUUCACCAGGUGACCGUCCAGAUGCCAUUCCAGAUCGAAGUCCUGUUCGAGUCCGGGAGCUUCCACAGCCGUCCAAACCAGCUGGUGGGCUCUAUCAUGACUCAGGAGCUGGAAAAGAGGAAAGCUGAGUUCGACUCAAAGUUUGAGAGGACUUUUGGGCUUGAGGGCAAAGGUUUUAGUCAGGCACAAAUUAAGUUUGGCAAGGCGGCGCUCAGCAACAUGUUGGGAGGAAUGGGCUACUUCUAUGGCCAGUCAGUGGUGCAGUCGGUCUACAAUGAAUACCCGCUCCUGUACCCUGAAGGCGCUUUAUUCACUGCCGUCCCAUCGCGCUCUUUCUUCCCCAGAGGAUUCCUUUGGGAUGAGGGCUUUCACCAGUUGCUGUUGAGCAAGUGGGAUCCCCAGGUGACAAGGGAGGCUAUUGCUCAUUGGAUAGACCUGAUGAAUGUGGAGGGCUGGAUCCCCCGGGAGCAGAUCCUGGGAGACGAGGCUCGCAGUAAAGUCCCAGCCGAGUUUGUAGUUCAGCGUAACGAGAAUGCCAACCCACCUACCCUCUUCUUAGCUCUUCAGGAACUUAUCGAACAGCUCACAUCAAAUUCAGAGAAUGCGGCAUCUCAACCGACCUUGCCUUUCCUCCGACGGCUCUUCCCCAAACUGAAAACCUGGUUUGAAUGGUACAACACCACACAAACUGGGCCCCUGCCGAACUCUUACCGCUGGCGUGGACGUGACAAGGACACUAAUCUUUUCCUCAACCCCAAGACCUUGACUUCAGGGCUGGAUGACUACCCUCGGGCCUCGCACCCAUCAGCAGAUGAACGCCAUGUGGAUUUACACUGCUGGAUGGCCUUGUCCUCAGGCAUCAUGGCGAGUAUCGCACGGCUUCUCCGCGAGCCCCAUCAGGACUAUGAACUAUCCCAUCAGGUGCUCAGCGACAACAACCUGCUGAAUGAGCUCCACUGGUCGGAUCAACUUCGUGCUUUCAGUGACUUCGGCAACCACACCCAGGCUGUGUCGCUGCAGCAGGAGAAGGUGUACGUGCCUCCUGGACAACCACGUCAUCAGUUCCCCGUGGCUCGCCUUGUGCGCUCAGUGCGCCGGGCCCCCAAGUUGCAGUAUGUUAACGCUUUGGGAUAUGUCAGCUUGUUCCCCUUCUUACUGCACAUUCUUACGCCGGAUUCGCCCAAACUAGAACAUAUCUUUCGCGACAUGAGAGACUCCAAUAAGCUGUGGACGCCCUAUGGCCUGCGUUCAAUCUCUAAGGCCGAUCCAAUGUAUAUGAAGAGGAACACAGAACACGACGCCCCCUAUUGGAGGGGACCGAUAUGGAUUAAUAUCAACUACUUGGCAGUCAGAGCCCUGCACCACUAUGGCAACAUAGAAGGGCCAUACCAAGAGAAGGCAGCUGCUCUUUAUGAAGAACUCAGGACUAACAUCAUCAAUAAUGUUUAUAGACAGUAUGUUGAAACAGGGUAUAUCUGGGAACAGUACAACGACAGCACUGGCAGGGGCCAAGGAAGCCACCCCUUCACCGGCUGGUCAGCGCUGACAGUGUUAAUGAUGGCUGAACAGUACUGAUACUGUAGGUUUCAUCUCACAUUUUAGAGACAAGAUAUUUGCCUUCAUCUAUCUGGAUGCGAUUGAAACAACAACACAAUCAGGUGUUAAAAGUGAAGUGUGUAUGUUUUAAGGGGUUUUAGUGGCAUUUAGCUAAGAAAUGCAGAUUGCACCCAGCUGAAACCUCUCUUGGUUCAGGAAGUCUUUACCAGGAUUAUCCACAGAGGUCUCCUCUCCAAAAGAAAAAGGACCAGGUGAUUGUAAGUGCAAAAAUAACUAAAUAAAGCAGUUAAGUGUUACAAAUGAGUUCAUCUGCGACGUCAUUUGGCAUCUUGGAGACAGGUGGCUCGCCCAACACAUGUUAAUGUGUUUUCACCUUUUUUCUUCAAUAACUUGGAUCGAGACGAUCAGGAGGUUUUCACCAGAAGCCACAUUAUCCGCAAAGACUGCUUUUUCACCAUGACAAACAGACCCAGUGAUUUACACUGCUACAAACACUGAAUGAUGCAAUUUCAAGUUACAAGUCAGUGUUAUUCUGGUGCUGCUUAUUGCAGAUGGGCUACUUACUGCGCUGUAAAAGCCGUGUAGAGCUAGUGUUUAGUUUAUCUGUUCUGGCCUAAUGUAAAAACAUGGCGGUGCAACAUGGCCACGUCCAUAAACAAGAACCCACUACCUAAGUGGAUAUAAACAGCUCAUUCUCAAGUAACAAAAAUGCAACACUUCUUAUUUUCAGGUGAUUAUACAAGAAAAUAUACUUAUUAUAUUCCAUUUCUGCCAAUAUAUCCCUCUAAAUCCUACACACUUGUACUUUUAUAUUAAUAGGUCUUGUCUGGUUGAUUAAACUUGACAAACUGUAAUUAACAGAUCCAUCUGAAAAGGAGGUAUUUAUGAUCACAUUUCCACAUUCAACCUUUAAUUAAAAUAGCAGGUGUCACACAGGUAAUUUCAAACAAGCGUAAGUGCAGCUACCCCAACUUUGCUGUAUGUGGAGCCAAGCACUGUUUAUUGCUUCAGUUAUAUUCUCAAGAUGCAGUCAGGAAACACUUAGCAAACUUGUAUCCCUCACAAUCUCAGACACACAGCUUCACAUUGCAAUGUUUUGAUAUGGGAAUUCAAGACACAAGAUAUGGUUUUAUAGUAUUAAAUACAUAGGAAACUGCUGGUCCACGUCUCUGAGGGAGGGUUCAUGCUUACACACUAUAUGUGUGAUAUGUGAUCAACUUUUUACAGAUUUGUUUCUGUCUGCGAAAACAGGUGCAUAAAUGAGCAACUUUUUCAUUCACUUACAUAGCAAAUGUGGCCAUUAUUUGUUAUUGUGCCAUUUUUCUAAUCAUUUGUCCUCCGUUCUCUGUCUUAACGAUUGCCCGAUUUCGUAUUUAAUUGUUUGAUCACAGUCUUUAAAAAUCUAUACAGUCUUGCUCAACAUUUCUAAAAUGCCUGCAUCUGACAGCAGCCAUAUUUUGUAUACACAGCCUGUGAUUUGACUGGCAGGGAAUACAACAGUGACUGUGAAAUUGGUUUU